AUGAAUGAAUGUGAUGUUAUUUCACAUGAGUUCAACUGGUGCAGAUUCGAACCAAUAGAAAAUCUCAAUCUAUCCUCUUCGAAAUCGACCAAUCAGAAAACGACUCGCGUUCUGUGGAUGACUAUCAAUCAGACAAGUAUACGUUGUUGUUUUUUUUCUCUCUCUCUCGAUUCUUCAUCAAUGCCUGAAAUGUUCUCUUCUCGUACGGUCAACUUAUAA